CCAUCUGCAGCUGUCGAUGCGGGAGGCCCACAGUCCGAUGUCAGUCAACCCCAACUGCAGGAGUGUUACCAGUGAAUGACAGCUUCAAAUCAUGGCGUUGAUCUGUCCCCGCACAGUUCCUGCGCUUUCAGUAAACUAUGUUAUUUAUCAAGACUUCCCUGUCGCUCUUUUCUGUCUGGAUCGCUUGUCUCACCCAACCUGCCUUUUGGAACUGGUCUCGCAUCGGCUGGAUAUCAAGAACAGGCCUGGGGCUAGAGAAGAUCUGGACGCCACGCCCGUCCAUCUCGUUAUCAACUACUGUCGACAUCAUUAGCCAUUUUCUCGGUAUUUUACUCCAGCUACCGUCAUCAUGGUUCACCUCUGCCAUACAUGCGACCAGUCGUUCUACGAUGAGGAUGGUCUUAAAGAGCAUCUGGAUGACUACUACGACCAUGAGGCUGCGCACGAAUACGCGAGGUACGGUUGUGAUACUUGCCUCGCAAUUUUCAACAGCGAUGCUGCUCGCUGGCAGCACAUGAACGCCAAAGGUCAUGUUGGCCAUGAGUGCCGUGUCUGCGACAACAAGUAUCGCAGCGAGCGGGGUCUUAUCGAGCAUGAGGUCGAGGACCACAACUAUUGCGCCGAUUGCGACAAGUUUUUCCAAAACACCAACAAUAUCAAGCAGCACCUCAACUCCCGCAUCCACCGCGGCCAAAACAUCGACUGUCCCUACUGCCGCAACUGCUUCACUACCGUAGCCGGUCUGACCACCCACCUGGAGACGAACAGCUGCCGCAGCGCUCCGUCUCUGAACCGUGAUACUAUUUUUGAAAUCGUCCGCCAAAGGGACCCGCGCGGCUUCAUCUGCAAGAAUCUCAUUAGCUGGCACGGCGGCGAGUCGAAGCCGGACCGCUGGACAUGCACGGACAGCGCCUGGAACGGCUUCGCCUGGGCGUGUGGCUUAUGCUCUAGAGUGUGCAGGACUAGGGCGGAUUUGAAUAAACAUUUGAAUUCGCCGGCUCACUACACUGUCCUUUACCACUGUCCGAACCGCAACUGCCCCUCCGAGUUCAAGACGUUGGCUUCUAUCAUCAGCCACUUGGAGAGCGAGUCGUGCAGCCUCAUGCCGUUUGACACGGUCCAGAAGCGCAUGAAGCAGGUGCUUACCAGCAGUCAUAUGCUUGAGUUUUGAGUUUUGAGUUGGCUUGAGCUGAUUAGAUCAGAUGCUUAGCUGGCGCAGUUGGUAUUAUUGUUUGUACUUUUGUUGCUGCUUCUGCUGCUUCUGCUGCUAGUCGACCUUGACAGAGCAUCCGUUCUUUUCUCGAAUCUCGGAGCCCAACUGGUGAACUGGGAGAAUAAAGGGAUCAGGUGAUUCUCGUAGAUAGUAUUUUGAGUGGUGUUCGCAAAGGAUAUAUUUAUCCAAGGCAGGGCUUUUAUCAUAUUCUUACAUUACUUUAGUAGGUUUCUUGUCAGGAACGUAGACGAAAGGUAGGUUGAGGUGACUACGGUCGUGGCCACACGUGGGGGACGGCAAAUUAGGGGUCAAUCCAAAGAUGUAUUGAUAGCUACCGACUAUAAUAAGAUACGUUCCGUUAAA